CUGACGACGAAUAUGAAAACAAUAGUAUAAAGGAAGAUAUAGAAUGGCAUAUAUCUUCUCCCGAAUCUGGAGAAAAGGAAAUCUAUCGUGAGAACAUAAAGGUUAAACAAGUAAUUGCUGGAUAA